AUGGAAGUGGCGACCGGUGGUACAGGUGACUCUGGUGGUGGUGAAGGGGUUGAUCAGAGGAAGCAGUGCUGUAGGACUGUGUCCAGAGGAAAAUGGAGGUGCAAAUCAGAAGCUAUUCCUGGCAAAACUCUCUGCCAGAGCCACGGAAUUGAAUACAAAGCGUUUGUAUCCCGAGAGGAGAAAAGAGGAAAUUUUGAAAUCAUGCCCAUGUUGCUGUGGAAAUUGCAAUUGCAAAGCUUGCCAUUAAGCAGUUGUACAUGGUGCUGUGUAGAAACCAAUGAGAGUAUCAGAGUUGAAAGGUCCCUAACUUCUACCUGUCCUGAGGCAUAUACAACAAGAGCAGAGGUGAAGAAGAAGCUUGCUGUUUUUGCUACAAGUGUUGCGACUACUGAAGCGAGAAAUCUGAUGUCAAAACUAAACUACAUUUUCUUCAUGGUAUUGCCGAUAUAUCGAGUUCUCGUGCUCUACCUAGCACGAUAG